GAGGAGGAGGAGGAGGAUGGCGAUGAUGGAGGUGUGGAGCUCGGGACGCUGUCUGAUCGGUUUUCCUCUAGGAAAUACUAUCACAAAACGACACCGCGGUUCCAGAAUUUAAAGCUGCAGGAAGAGGGAGAGGAGGAACCAGAAAUAAAGCCUCGGCGCGGCCCCAAGAACACCCCGUACUGGUACUUCCUAAGAUGCAAGGCGCUCAUUAAAGACAACAAGCUGGCGGAGGCUCUGGAGCUGUUUGAGGUGCAGAUGCUGAAGGAAGAACGUGUGCAGCCAGAAGAAAGCAAUUACACAGUUCUGAUUGGUGGCUGUGGCAGGGUUGGCUAUGUGAAGAAGGCGUUCAGGCUCUACAAUGAUAUGAAGAAACGUGGCUUAACUCCCACCGAGGCCACUUACACAGCGCUGUUCAACGCCUGUGCUGAAUCGCCAUGGAAGGACUCGGGUCUGCAGAGUGCCCUCAAGUUAUGGCAGCAGCUAAAGAGCAAGAACGAAGAGCUGAACCUCAUCACCUACCACGCACUGCUCAAGGCCUGUGCCCUGUGCUCUGAUCUCAGGAUGUGCUUUGAUGUACUGAAGGAAAUCGUGCACAAGGGCCACGUUCUCACUGUUGAGACCUUCAGCUUCCUUCUGAUGAGCUGUGUAAAGGACAAAGAAAGUGGUUUCCGAUACGCCUUACAGGUUUGGAAACAGAUGACUAAGCUUGGAAUAAAGGGUGACAGCCACACAUACAAUCUGAUGCUGCGUGCUGCAAGAGACUGUGGGAUCGGUGACCCAGCCGUGGCUUCCAAGCUCCUGCUCAGCCCUCCCAGUGAGAACUCCCCUCAGCUCAAGCUUACACCCGGGAGGCAGAAGGAAAAGGUUAAGAAGCAGAAGAAGGGAUCAGAGAGUGCAGCUGCUGUCCGGCUGGAUGUGGAAGCUAUGGAAAAACAGUUCUUUCAGGAAGGCUCGGUGCAGUCUAAAGAAGCGAUCGAGCAACAAAAGGAAGAUGUGGACCAGGCUAAAGGAGAAGCAGCAGCUCUCGACAGCCCCAGUGUAGCUCCCAGCAAGCCUGGAGCCUUGAUGGUGGGAGGCCAGCAUGAGAUAGAGCAGGAACAAGCACACCAAAGCCAGAAGCUGCCUUUUUGCAACCUGCCCAACUUGCUGGAUUCCAAGAUGCCCAGCAGAGCCGUGGUUUCCUUGGGAAGAGUGCUGGACCUGAUGGGGGACGUGGAGGGCUUCUUGAAUAAAAUGAAAGAGGACAAUGCAGAACCCAACAUCAAAACAUUCACGUUACUGGCUGAACUGGUGGAACCCCAAAGCCCCUCAGAGGCUUCUUUGCUGGCACUCCUAGAUAAGCAUAAAGUGAAGGUAGAUGUGACCUUCUUUAACACUUUAAUAAGGAAGAAAAGUAAACAGGGAGAUCUGGAAGGAGCAAAGAGCAUGCUGCCAGCUCUAGUGAAGAGGGGACUAUCACCCAACCUCCACACCUUCUGUAACUUGGCAAUUGCUUGCCACCAGGAGAAGGAUGGACUGCAGUUACUCUCAGAUUUGAAGAAGUCUGGAAUAACUCCCAACAAGUAUAUCUACAGCACCCUCAUUGCUGCCGCUGUGAGGAAGCUGGAUUACAGUUACCUCACAGAGAUCCUGCGGGACAUGAGGAAUAACCAAGUGCCUCCCAAUGAAGUGAUCAUACGGCAGCUGGAGUUUGCAGCACAGUACCCCCCAAAAUUCGACAGGUAUAAGUCAAAGAACCCCUACCUGGAGAAAAUUGAUGGUUUCCGUGGCUACUACUAUCGGUGGUUAAAAGUGAUGGCAGGAGAGGAGACCCCCCACCCCUGGGCCCAGUACAGAACACCAAAGCGUGCAGUGGAUGAGAGCGAGGCAGAGGCUGUGCAGGAGCAGCCGGGGCAGAAGCAGCAGUGA